AUGGAAUUUUUGUCGGAUUCAAACGAAACCGCUGCGUGCUAUGUGCUUCAAUUCGUCAGAGAAGCCGUCCACAAAUUGCCAAACCUUAAAGAAGCGAUAUUGAAGUCGCUGAAGGACGGAAUUCUAUCAAUUCAAGCUCCAGAGAUAUUCAUGUCGGCUCUUUGGAUUCUUGCAACUUAUUGCGAGCCUGAAAACAAUUUGGAGAUUUUGAAACUUAUUAAAAAUUCGAUCGGAGAAUUGCCAAUUGUUGAUUCGGAAAUCGCCGAGCAAGUUGAGGGAGCCGAAAUUAAACAUGACGAUGUGCCAGUGAAGAAAUCUACUGCGCCAAAGGUUACUGCUGAUGGAACCUAUGCUACUCAAACCGCGUUGUCGACCACACUGACAUCGAAGCGAGCUGACAAGCCUCCGCUCCGCCGAUUCCUUCUCAACGGAGACUAUUUCCUCGGGGCUAGAUUGUCCACAGUUCUUACAAAACUCUCCCAACAAUUUACGAUCAUGGAAGGAGCUGGAAGUGAGCGAUCGAAUCGCUUCCGGGCUGAAUGCAUGCUCAUUUUGGCUUCUAUCAUCCACUUAGCGAAGAGUGGUCAUGUUUCGCAUCCUGUUAAUGAAGAUGACUUGGACAGAAUGGGAGCUACAAUAAAGGUUCUAGCUGAAGGAAUUCCAAAUCUUGAUAAAGAAUUUGGAGACGAGUGCAAGAAAAGCCUUGAGCUUAUGCUCAAUUCGAGAUCGACGAGCCGAUUUGAAGACGCUUCAGCGACAUCUGGCAAAAAAUCGAAAGACUUCCUUGAAGUUGACAAAACGAUCACUUUCACGCAACUGUCGGCGAGAAAUAAUCAACAAGGAGAGAACUUGUUUGAUCUUUCCCUCUCGCAAGCUCUUGGAACUGCUCCGAAAGCACAGAAGUUUGAUUUUUCGAGCUCGAAACUUGGAAAAGUUAUCCAAUUGGCCGGAUUUUCCGAUCCAAUUUACGCAGAAGCUUACGUUAACGUUAACCAAUAUGAUAUUGUACUCGAUGUAUUGAUCGUCAAUCAAACUGCUGACACCCUUCAGAAUGUUUCUUUGGAACUUGCAACUGUCGGAGAUUUGAAGCUCGUCGACAAACCAACUCCAGUGACGCUUGCACCAGCCGAUUUUUCGAAUAUCAAGGCUACUGUCAAAGUGGCAUCGACUGAAAACGGUGUUAUAUUCUCCACUAUUUCGUAUGAUGUUCGCGGCUCAACUUCGGAUCGUAAUUGUGUGUACCUUCAAGACAUCAAAAUUGAUAUUAUGGAUUACAUUGUGCCUGGAAAUAUGAGCGAUACUGAUUUCCGUCAGAUGUGGAGCGAUUUCGAGUGGGAGAAUAAGGUGAACGUGAUGACACCGAUUCGAGAUCUUCGUGAAUUCUUAACACAUUUAUCGAGUUCGACAAAUAUGAAAGUUUUGACCGGAGAUGCAGCUAUUGAAGGAGAUUGUGGCUUCCUUGCUGCAAAUUUGUGUGCACACUCCAUUUUUGGCGAAGAUGCGCUGGCAAACAUUUCUGUCGAAAAAGCGUUGCCUAUGGAUGAUGCUUCGCCGAUUGUGGGUCACAUUAGAAUACGCGCGAAGAGUCAAGGAAUGUGCCUCACACUUGGUGAUAAAAUCAGCACGGCAAUGCGGUCUCGAAAAGACGGCAACCCGAUUCCCGCGCCGACUGCUUAA